UCAGUGGUAUUUCUUCGCUCGUGUAAUUUAAGUUCUAGAUUUAUAAUUUUUUAGCCACUAAGUUUUGUGGCAAUAAGACUAAUUGAUAUUAUUGAAUUUAUGUGAAAUUUUUCAAAUUUUUUCUGGAGAGAUUAAAAAAUUUCACCGAUUCGAAUUUGGUCGACAAGGUUAAAUCUGAUCAGAUCUAAUGCAAGAAAUAUCAGGCAUGCGUAAAGGAAGUUAAUUAUUACAUGAACGCUAAAAAAAAAGAAAAAUAUCACAAUGUCACGUGCACUGUUUGUUCUGACGACGUAUUACACUGAUGACUUGCUUUUUAAAGUUUUCAUUGGAAAGCUUCGUAUGUUGAUGUAAAUUAAAGUGAAGUUAUGUUUACGAUGAAUAAAUUAACCAACGUACCGUCGAACGCGCAUAUUGACUUGGAUGAUCCAAGAUUUCGUAUUAGACCAUAUCAACAAAUGGUGGCUUCUUGCACCGGUGCAGUCAUCACGUCGGUCAUUGUAACUCCAUUGGAUGUGGUGAAAAUACGUCUUCAAACACAACAGAAAGCGAUGCUUUCAAAUAAAUGUUUUUUAUAUUGUAAUGGUUUAAUGGAUCAUUUGUGUCCUUGUAGCAAUGGUAAAAUGCCUGAAUGGAUGAGAAGAAAUGGAAAAUUUAAUGGAACAGUUGAUGCUUUAAUAAAAAUAAGUAAAACGGAAGGCGUGACAUCAUUAUGGAGUGGCUUAAGUCCUACUCUUGUUCUAGCUAUACCUGCAACUGUUGUAUACUUUGUUUCAUAUGAACAAUUAAGAUUAUAUCUUAAGGACACAUAUAACAAAAAGUUUAAAAAGAAGGGAUCUAGUGUAGAACAACCUUUUUGGAUUCCUAUUUUAGCUGGUGGCACUGCGCGAAUCUGGGCUGCAACACUGGUGAGUCCAUUGGAGUUGAUAAGAACAAAAAUGCAAUCUCAGAAACUAAGUUAUGCAGAAAUAACACAGACAUUGAAAACGUUUGUGAAGUAUAGCGGCAUUUCUGGUUUAUGGAUGGGAUUGAGUUCGACUCUUCUUCGUGAUGUUCCUUUUAGCGCUAUAUACUGGUUAAAUUAUGAGAGUAUAAAAAGGCUGUACAGUGCAUAUAGUACACAACAAACUUUUGCUUUUAGUCUGGCAGCAGGAGCUGUAGCUGGAUCUGUAUGUAUUUCAUAUAAAAAUACAGGCCAAAAAGUUCAUUACAUACUUGCCGCAAAAAACACGGGACUUACUUUCCCUGGACUAAAGGGAUUUAACCACUCUGAUCGCAGCAUUUUUCACUAUUCCGUUUGAUGUGGUAAAAACACACAGGCAAAUCGAAAUGGGUGAAAAAGAAAUUUAUUCAGAUAAGCCUAUUCGUAGCAGUACCACAUGGGCCAUAAUACAAAGGAUCUAUCAACAGAACGGAUUGAAAGGUUUAUUCACAGGACUAACACCACGUUUAGUGAAGGUAGCCCCAGCUUGUGCAAUUAUGAUUGCGACCUUUGAACAUGGCAAGCGUUUCUUUCAAUUGUACAAUGCUAGGGAGACUAUUGAAUUGGAGAUUGAAUGUGAUGUACAUUUAUUACAACACAAAUCUAAUAGUACGAAAUGAUAUACCUUCUACAGAUUAAUCUACAAAGAAACAAUAAAUUUAUGUCUAACAAAUUA